UCUCUCUCCAUGCUUUACUUAUAUUACAUUUUCGCGGUUCCCGCGAAGAUCGGUAUAACCUUUCUUCCUCACUUUUCCUGAUAUAUCAUUCCACAUUCCUAUUGUAACUAUCAAGUCUUUUCCUUAUCGCUAAGCGUUCAGCGAUCACCAAUAACUGUAUCACGUAAUAGAAAUAUUUGUCGUGGAAUCAUGAAAUUCUCGGUGUAAACGGAGUUCAUUAGCAUCGCGAUUUGACAGCUAGCUCUGCAAGGGCGCACUUGACAACUCUGUUUUGUCGUUACACCAACGCUUCACGUGAAUGUACUGUCUUUAAGAAUUUGCAGAGGAACACGCAAUGAAUAUAAUUCUGAGACUCGCGCGGAAAUUACGGUGUAUCGACGGAUGCUUUUUGUAAAUUUGUACUUUGAUAAAUUUCAGAAGAGAGAGAGAGAGAGAGAGAGAGGAGGGAGGGAGGGAGGGAGAAAGAGAGAGAGAGAGAGAGAGAUAAGUGACAGAUGAAAGAUUAGGGUUUACAUGAUCCACGAGUUUACAUCAGUGUUAAGUGAUAAUUUUGUCGCGUAAUACAUCGCUCGUUCCUGACAUCCAGCUUUUGAAUCAUCUGCCACAAAAUGUCAAAGAACAAACUCAACUUGACGCUACCACCUGGCUCAAUAGAACCGGUACCAGCUGUGUCGCCGUCACCGCCGGUUCCACCUUUACCCACAUACUCAGAACCACCAGUGAUACCUGACGGCGUUAUGGGUAAAAUGAGCAUAGACGCAAUCCAGGAAAGAUUAGAAGAGCUCGAAAUGGACGAGGAGCAAAGAAAACGACUGGAGAGCUUUCUGGGACAGAAGGAGAAGGUUGGAGAGUUGUGCGACGAGGAUUUUGAAAAACUAGGCGAAUUGGGCGCGGGUAAUGGUGGCGUCGUUAUGAAAGUCAGACAUAAAAAGUAUGGCCUCAUAAUGGCGAGAAAGUUAAUACAUUUGGAAGUAAAGCCAGCUAUUAAGAAGCAAAUAAUCAGAGAACUAAAAGUACUUCACGAAUGUAAUUUUGCGCACAUAGUUGGAUUUUACGGUGCUUUUUACAGCGACGGAGAAAUUAGCAUAUGUAUGGAAUAUAUGGAUGGUGGAUCAUUAGAUCUAAUAUUAAAGAAAGCAGGACGAAUUCCAGAACCUAUCUUAGGUACAAUCACAUGCGCUGUUUUGAAAGGCUUAAGUUACUUGCGCGACAAGCAUGCUAUAAUGCACCGCGACGUGAAGCCGAGCAACAUCCUGGUUAACAGCGCGGGUGAGAUCAAGAUCUGUGAUUUUGGCGUUUCCGGACAACUGAUCGAUUCGAUGGCCAAUUCGUUCGUCGGCACUCGAAGUUAUAUGUCGCCAGAGAGACUUCAGGGCACGCAUUAUUCGGUGCAAAGUGAUGUUUGGUCGCUCGGAUUAUCGCUCGUGGAAAUGGCAAUAGGGAUGUAUCCAAUCCCACCACCGGAUGAGAAGACCUUAACUUCUAUAUUCGGUCCACAAUCGGCGCAACCAUCUGCGGAGAUUCCAGUGACGAACAACGUGCCGACACCGACUACACAAUCGCCAGGACACAGCGCAAGUAGUCCGAGGCCCAUGGCAGUAUUCGAGUUGUUAGAAUACAUAGUGAACGAACCGCCACCGAAACUGCCGCCUGGAAUAUUCAGCGAUGCUUUUACAGAUUUCGUCGAUCGAUGCUUAAAGAAAAAUCCGGCCGAGCGAGCAGAUUUGAAGACGUUGAUGAGUCACGAAUGGAUAAAGAAGGCCGAAUCGGAGAACGUGGACUUCGCCGGGUGGGUGUGCCGCACGAUGGACUUGCAACCGACUACGCCGACGCACUUAGCCAGCGUGCAGUCCUGAAUAAAUGUAACUCUUACAUACUUGACUACGUAUAUUCGAGUUCAGUACUCCUAAGUCACUCCUUGGUUCAUCUAGGUUUCUCAUUCCGUCAAACGGUGGCGUUUAUCUGUUGUAUUCCCUUUUAUCGCGAUAUUGUCUUUCACGUAAACUUGACACACACUGGGAUUCACACGGGUGGAUUCAAGAUUCCAAGAACUUGUGUGUGAGAGUGAUCGCCUAAUACCGCAUUGAUUUUCACGAUCGACACCACAUUUGAGAGUCGUUUAUCCGUUUUCGUUAUUCCCUAGAUUUUACAGGUAUAAAAAAUAUCGCUGUAUCGCAAUAUUUAAGUGAUUAUCUAUAAAGUAUCGCCGUGACAUAGACGAUGUACUGGCAGGGCCGGUACUAGGCCCUACAGCGCCCCUGUGUAAAACCUUCAUCGAUGCUACAGUAAACAAGAAAAAAGAUAAUUCUCGUAACGCUAGCGCGGAUUAUUCCUUUUCCGUUUACACGUUAAUGAGAUUACCUUCUUCUCGGUCCACCGUGACAUCGAUGAAGCAUUGGCGAGGCGUCAGGAACGCUUGUACUCGUCUGUUGAUUCUCGCGGACCAAACAUCCGAUCAUGUUUCAUUUCGCUCACUUUACGCGAAAUUGCAUCGUACUCGUCGUCCGAGUAGUUCGCACGCCACUGUGCCAAAUAUUAAUUUUCGGUAAGAUUCACUUUAUGUGUUCGUCUUUGAUGCUUUUGUUGAAAGUAUGUAAGAUGAAGAAUUGCAAUAUAAGUUUAUUAUAUUAGAAGCAAAUUUACGGAUAAAUUGUGUUCCCCGCGAUACGAUUUUAGGGUACACGAAUGAGCAUCGAACUUGCGAGCGUCGUUUCCGAAAAUUUACUAAAUCGAGUUACUUGUAUAAUAUUUGUACCUGACAUUUGUAGAAAACGAUUAUUUUCACAAUGAAAGACUUUAUUCUUGAUCGUCACGUUAAAACUGUUGUAUCAUUGCACGGCGAUUAAAUGCGAUUUUUCGACUUAAUUUGUAUAUAACUCUUCUAUAUAGCGAAUAUUUCAACGAUACAGUUCGAAAUUCGUUAAAAAUGCACGCUCUUACGAUUAUUAAGUUCUUGCAGAUUUAUUGACGUCGAUGUGCAAAUAUAAAUUAGACUAUUGUAUACGUUUAUGAAAUGUAAAAUGUGCUAAUUGUGUUUACCGUCGCGUAAUCAAUGUAUAAAUUUAUCAAACCUCCGCAGACUUGCAAAGUGAGAAGAGGUUCAUCAUUUCUCACAUAAUCGCGGCCUUACAUUAGUGAUGGUUAAAUAUUUUGCAACUAUGUUUACGUACUCAGUAAGUAGUGUUUAACUGUGAAUCCUUUUGCUGCAAAGUAUACGCAUUCUCGGGUGGUAUUCUCCAUUUAGCGUUUAAUGUGCAAGAACUGAACUUGUAAUCUUACAUCUUAGUUUAAAGACAUAGAAAUGCAGUGAUAGUGAUAAUAGAGUGAAGUAUCUCACACACAUUUCUAUUCUAUUAAUAGAUUAAGAUAAUAAUAAUAAAUAUAAUAAUAAUAAUAAAGGAAAUCACACCCAAACCGCAGCGAAAGGAUCGAUCUUUUGCGCGUACGGCAAAAAUUUUCCUUUCUUUUUACGCAGUUUUGAUAAAGUGCAUUUUCAAAAUGUCUUGCCACUUUAUGACUGCUAACAGCUGACUUUUGAGAUUCACAAGCAAGACGUUCGACAGAUGUUCUUCGUUUCGUCAUUAUCCUCCCACUUUAUACAUGUCAUUAGAUGUAAAUUGUCGCAAUCCGUCGCACAUUUAAAAAAGACAUUUCAUUGUUGUAACAUUUAGUCAAUAGAGUUAUGUCAUCCAUAGAUAAGUUUCCGUAGAUUUAAAUUAGAUCAUUGGUAGUGCAGCAUUCAGAAAUAGUGCAAUAGAAACACAAAUAGAUUGUACAUACAUGAAAUCGAUAAUCCACCACGACUUAUCGUUUGUUGAAAUUUCUCUUACGCUGCAUAUACAUUUUGUAGAUAUAUCUCGCAGUCUGCAGUUGUAGUCUCAUGUUGCAUGUAACAGCCGUCUCCGAGUUGGCUUAAAAAUCACCGGAUUGCGUUACGAAUAAAUCGUCAUCUUUAUAAAUCGAACGAAACACUUCUCGGUGUAUAGAAGCGUGAAACGCUUGAGAGAGAGGUCAAGUUUCAUAUUGCGUUUACAUCGGUAACAUUUAAGGACAAACGCAUGUAAUGCCAUUUGUUGUAAAAAGGUAGCCUUUAAUUAUGUGGAAGGUGAUCUCUAAUCUACCAUAGGAAGACAAUAUACACAUUUAGCCGCGAAAGCAAUUGUAGUUGUACGAUACGCCGAUAUGAUUUAGCAAUUUUAUCAAGCGAUGACUCACAUAAUUUUGCGCAAAAUUUGUAAUUCCUUAGCGAUUAUUGAAGUGUAUACAUAUUCCUCGUUGCAAAUAUGUGCAUAAUAAUUACAGUUGUAUGGGUUCACUGUCUAAGCGUUAUUAAUUAUAAAUACAAUAAAAUAUUAUAAAUGUAAUUUCACAUUUCAUAUUUUAAUCAUCCAAAUGUAGUUAUACAGGGUGUCCGAAAAGUGUCGGAGCCCCUUAAUAUUUCGAAAACUAAGCAUUUUCGAAAGAAAUGUUCCAUACAAAAGUAGGGUUUUAAGUGGUGUGUUAGACAGAAAUAUCAGUGUGAUCUUGGCUAGCGCUAUUAUUGUUACGUAAAAAUCAUUGAAAUUUGAAAUUUUUAAAUAAAAACCCCUAUUUUUUAUUGCA